GCAAGUGAAAGAGCUCAUUCCGACUAUAACAGCCAGAGGGGAACCGCUACAUAGCAACAUUCAAUCCAUUCCGUUCGAAGAAAAACAUAACCGACCAUGCGCCCUACGAUCAAUAUCAAUCAGCGGUCAGGAAACGUGUCGCACAAAACACAGGGUCCCGAACUGAGGACUAAACCGCCGCAAGUGGGACUUGGGGCCUCGUUAGACACUCCUUACGGUUUCCUUGAGCCACAAGGAAACGUCCUUGUGGUUUUGAAGGGAAAAUUGCGGCGUCGUUACACUCAUCCUUGGGGCCAUCCCCCGAGGGUGUUUCCUUGUGGCUUCCCCGCGGCCGUUUUCAUACGCAAAUUAGCGGCCGCGGGGUAUGUCGUCCUUGGUCCAGCUUCUUUGUCCGUGUGGAGGCUGCGCGGUCCAGCGACGCGAGGCGGGAAACGGCAGUCUGCGGGCGGCGCGAGGAGAAAUUUAAACCCGAGAGCGUGGGCAUUCGAAAUUCAAAUUUCGAAUGCCAGCUUCGACAGCGACGACGACGUGUGGCUGGCGGGACGACGGCGUCGUGCUGUGGAAAAGGGCCCGGCGGCGGCGCAGGCCACGUCCAGAGGGCUCCCUCAUCUGCUCCCGCAGCGUGUUGUGCUUCCAUCGCCGUGGACCUUUGUGCACGUCGACUGCGCGUUGCUCUUCGCUUUCGUGCGCCGGGUUGUGAGCGGAGAAAAGGGGCCACCUUCUCAACGGACGUCUUGGAGGGCAAGACGGGCUAUGGAGGGCGGCGCAGCGGCUAGACGUGAUGUGCUGAGUCAUGGUGAGCUGCAGGCGGUGGCGGCGGCCGUGUCGACGAUCGUUCUUCGAUGUCAGCAGGAGAGGGCGCUGGGGCGACUGAAGGAGCAUUUGCGCGCGCGUAGACGGAGGACAUUGACGCAAGAUCCACACGAUGGUGCCGAGUUCGUGGCGACGUCGGAAGCUGUUGUUCAGCUGUGCUAUGCGUUGGGCUGCGGAGUGAUACCCCGCGCGACGCCGCGGUGGUGGGUGAAGCGCAGGACAGGAGGAACGUGGGAAGACCUCAGGCUAUGCGACGACGUGACUGACGACUACUUCCGCGAUAAGCUGCGAAUGUCGCCGUGGGCUUCAGGUGAGACGUAUGAGAGCAGCACGUGCAACUUCGGGAUCGGACGAGCUUCUGGGCUGAUUGCCAUCCACGACGUGAUUGCCGCGCUGCUGAGGGUGUUCGACGAUAAGAUAGUGUGGCCGACGGGAGUUCGUAAACAAGUCGUUCUUCGGGCGUUCGCUGAUAAAGGCUUCCCCAACUGCCACGGUUGCAUUGAUUGCACUCACAUCUACAUCGACAAGCCAGCGAAUGCUCGGAGCGAAAAAUACUUCGACAGGAAGCGUCGUUUCUCCAUCGUUGCGCAGGUCGUUGUCGACUUGGACUUGCGUGUGUUGGACGUGCACAUGGGAUACCCCGGUAGCUGCCACGACAUCAGGGUGCUGCAGUUGUCCAGCCUGUCGCUGCGCGUGGAGGAGGGGUCGUUGUUCCGCGGGCCCCCCGUCACACUGUCGUUCGGUGUGAAGACGAACGGUUACCUUCUUGCGGACAAUGGGUACCCCCCUGCCGAAUGGAUGGUCGUCCCGUACGGCAGUACCAAUCAGAUCGUCAAGCAGGAGCAGUUUGACAACAAGCAGAAAGUGGCAAGGGGAGCGGUGGAGAGGGCGUUCGGCAGGCUGAAGGGCAUGUGGCGGCUGUUUCUCCGAACACACAAGACAAACCUUGAGACGCUCCCGCAGCAGUUCACCGCCGUCUGCAUACUUCACAACUUACAGAUCGAGGCGGGGAUCCCCUUCGAUGAGAAUCUGCUGUGGGAGGUCGACGGUAAUGGUGUGCGACGACGAGUGGACCUGGGAAUCGACGAGCCCCUCCAGCCUGUGUCCAUGUUGACGUCGACCCACGAAGCCUUAGCCCUGAGGCAUGCUUUGGCGGAACGAAUGAAACAUGAAUAAGUCGUGUAUCAUUCAUGGACGACAGCACAUGAAGAUGGCUUAAUUGCAACAAUGGGCGGACACCUAAUUGGUCUUUUCGUC